GGUAUAAAUUGCGCUAAUAUUCGGCUUACUUACCGAACAAAAAACGCGUGAUUAUUAAUACCCCAUAAAGAGUUCAACAAGAUUAACUAGGUAAAGCGAUGUCCAUGGUAAGCCUCAGCUCGUGUAUUAGCAACGAAGCAAACAAUCCUGAUCCUGCAGUUGGUUACAGGCUACGAAAACGUUCCACAGAAACAAGGAAUAAAAUGGCGAAAAUGGCGCGCGCAAUAAUCGAAGAUGAAGAUGAGGAUUACCUAAGUAAUUCCGCAUCACCGCGAGAAGCAAAACAGUCACGAACACACGAGCGAGUGUCAGCGACAAAGAGAGAACGAGAACGCAUGCACAAACUAAAUCAUGCCUAUGAUAAACUUCGAAAAGCCGUUCCCAAACUUGAUGCGCAUUCACAAAACAAGAACUUAUCGAAAAUAGCCACACUUCGUUUGGCUAUUGAUUAUAUAUCCAUGUUAACAGACCUACUUCAAGGUAAUCUGGAUGAUAUUUCUAUAAGACGAGUCGAGAACAGCAGUGACGAGGCAUCAAACUCAACUGAUGAAGACAGCACGGAUAUUUUGAAUGAACUCAUUGAUAGUGUCCAUGAAUUAGAAGAAAUGGGAUGGUUUUGGGGUGGAUGUGAGCUAUGAAAGAAGUUUUAAAAGAAUCACAGUUCACACCGAACGUUCAGUCUUAAUCGCGAGUUUGCAGAAACAAUCACACUAGAUCUUCACUAAUUUUCAUUGAAGUUAGUUUACCAGAAAUUUUCUAACGAAAUUCACAGUUAUUUGAAGAUGCAUGUUUAGCGAAGUCAUGACAAUAUAUCAGUUAAUUUCAUAAUAUGCGCACAGGAAAUUCUUUUGCCCGCAAAUUAUGCAAAUUUAUCGAGCGCACAGGAAGUGUAAAAUAAGGAGAAAAUAUAUAUUUAUAAAGUUGCAUGCGCCCAUGAAAACGAUAAUUAAUAUUUUUCAAAGAGAUGCUAUUUAAGAACAAUAACUAGUUUAAUGUAUUAUAAAAAGAGAGUAAAAAAUGAAGAAAAACUUAAAAAAUCCAAAA